AUGUCUGAAAAUGUUUCAGGAAUUAUAAACAUAGGAAUCACGAUUGGUGGUUCAUUAGCAAGUCUUAACCCUUUACUCGGUGCUAUUUCUGAAAUUAUUAAACAUGUACUUGAUAUCAACGAAAAAGCUCAAUAUAAUAAAAAGAUAUCGAGAACUAUUUUAGGUCGUUUAUUAUCGGUUGAAGCGGCCCUAAAAUUCUUAUUGAUUCAAAAAGAAGAUUUUGGUGAAAAAUUUUCUGAUUUAAAGUAUCAAGAAUCUUUACAUACUCUUAAAAAUGUAUUGGAUAAAAUAAAAGAUUUUACUGAACAAGUGACCCAAUUAAGGGGGCUUGAAAAAUGGAUAAAUGCUCAGAAUAUAGAAAAGAAUUAUAAAGAAUUAAUGGAAGAGUAUGAUUCUUGUUUAAAUAGUUUGAAAUUUACUAUGAUCAUUGCUUUUGAUGAACAGAAAAGAAUUGAUAAUGAAUGUUUAAAAAACGAUAUUGCUGAAACGAAAAAGUUUCUGGAAGAUUUCGCAAAUUAUCAUAAAGAGCAAACGAAUCUUGUUUAUCAAGAAAUCAAACAUGUCCAAAAUAGAAUUGAAAGUAAUUCUGAGGAUUCAAUUGAUGUACGAGAAAUUGAGUCACAUUUAAUAAAAGAUCCGCCACACGAUGGAGCAGUUGCUAAUAAGGUGUAUAUUUUAUGGAGUUUAUAUUUUCAACCAGAAUUCUUUUCAACAUCAACUAAUUUCAGCAUCAGCAGUGAAAGUAUUCAUAAUUUUAUUAAUUAUUAUGUUGACAAUUAUUCUUUAAAAGCAUGGAAACAACAACCGGAAGAAAGAAUUGGCAUAAGUGCAUUAUAUUUAAGACUUUCAGAAUUAUCUUCGGUUGUUAAAAAGUCUCCCUCUUUG